AGCAGCGUCACGUGGGGAUCGAGGCGGGAAGCGUGCCGGUCGGCAGGUCUUUCAGUUUAUUCCCUGCUCUGCGGAACGACAAUGGAAAAGUUUGCAAGCCCGGGCAAAGGCAACGGCUUGCGCCUCUUGAAGGCGGUGAAAUCGGGCGAGUUGCUGUAUCGCGCGGCGCCCUUCGCUUACAUCGUCAGCAAGAAGCGCCUCGGAGGCGUGUGCGAACAUUGUCUGCGCAGAAAGGAACGGCUACUUAGGUGUUCUCAAUGCAAAGUUGCAAGAUACUGUGGUGCACACUGUCAGAAAGAAGCCUGGUUGGACCACAAACGGGAAUGCAAAUGUAUUAAAGAUAUUGACCCUAAUUUUCCUCCUGACUCAGUGAGGCUUGUUGGCAGGAUUAUUUUCAAAGUAUUAAGGCAAUCAGUAUGCCCAUCUGAAGAGCUCUAUUCUCUUUCUGACCUUCAAUCAAAUGUUGAUGAAUUAAGUGAAGACAUGAAAGAAGGUCUCAGGCACCUUGCUAAGACUCUGCAGCUGUAUUUGAAGGUGGAAAUCCAAGAUGUUUCUCAGCUUUUGCCGGCCUUAGAUAUUUUUCAGAUCUUUGCAAAAGUAAGUGUUAAAAGAGAGUUCUGA